AUGCUGAGAUACAAUGCCGACCGCUCACUUUCCUUCCAGGUCAUCUUCAUGUUCCAGCACACUCUCUUGUCCAACUCUCAGAUCCUUCGCCACAUGUUGGUUUCAGUGCUGGUGGCAGCUUUGCUAUGCUUCGUCCACAUUGCCGCGCGGAUCUUUGUGGACGUGGAGAUUUUGCAGGGCGCGUGGCUGCAAGAUCUGGACAACAUGAGCGAUUUCCUGACAUCCCUGAUUGGCAUCCUGUUGGGCUUCUACAUCUCGACUGUUAUGACCAGGUGGUGGAGUAUGCGCAGCCAGGGGAUUGGUGGGCUUUGGGGAGGUGUGGUGGAUCUUUGUAUCCUCACUGGGUCUUUCUUUCCGGGCCCGGAAUGGCGCACGAUGCGCAGCAUGGUGUUGCGCUACGGACUGGUCUCGUUCGAGCUCACCUUCAUGCAGAAUGAGGGCCGUGACGAGGAGCUGGAGGGGCUGGUCCAAAGGCACCUCCUCACUCGUGACGAGGCGGCCAGACUGGCUGGCCAACCCUCCAAGUGUGGAGCCGUGUGGGCAUGGGUCGCCUGGAUCUACAGAGAGCUCCAAAAGCAAGGUCACCUAUCUGACAUUGACCUCAGGCUGUUUUUGGAGAAGGUCCUUCAAGCUCGUGGGGGUACUGGAAGCCUCCUGACCCAUAUCGAUACCCAACUGCCCUUCCUCUACGUCCAGCUGCUCUCAAGUUUAGUGCAUUUCCUGACCAUGGUUAUGGCUGCAGACUGUGGCGUGAUGACAGGGGCUUGGCUCAUAUCUCCCAGUAUGGGAAGCCCAGUGUUGAAGUUUGUGCAGAUGUUGAUGGUCACUUACUUUUACAAUGGCUGCCUGGAGAUAGGGCGAAGCUUUGCGAAUCCUUGUGGCCAUGACUUCUCUGACUUCCCACGCCAUGCCUACCACUUCUGGAUGCGAAACGAAGCGGAGUUCUUUCAUAGCCUCCUGGAACAGGCCCCCCAGGCCGGCGUCGAGAUGCUCCAACAGGCCUCACGACACCGCAGCUCGAAGUGA